ACGAGACACCCCUUCGUCACUGCAUAUGUUGCGUUGGCAGGUGGAGUUAUGGGUCAGAUGAGCGACCAACAGGAGCCCAGCGAGGGAGAUCACGUAGGGACUGUUUCAAAAGGACUCUGUCAUCAGACCCCGGCGGCAGUAGCAGGGGAUUCCUGCGUGGGUGUUGAUGUGGGGGCAGCACACACACUCACGUCUUUUUCUAUUUUUCUGGCAGUGUGACAUGUGAAAAUACACGACGCAAACUUGGGUUCCCAGGGUGCCAUUGGUGGUUAUUUUCAAAGAGGACACCUUGGUGUGCAACAUGCUGCACCAGCUCCACCAACCAGGACUCUUGAGCUAAAAUCCUCGAACGGCAGCUCGCUGAAAAUAGACAGCGUUUUAAAACACGAAUUCCAUUCGCCUCAAAGAGACGGAUUCUCGACACCGGAGGCUUUCUGCACAUGAGUCACGAUUCUGCGCUGUAAUAUACUCCCACAUGUGAAAAUGCUUCAUAGAUCUGCAAGAUGUCGUUACGCAGUCCGCAGUGACAGGAUGUUCUCGCUAAACCGCACCGACCUGCCAACCACAACUCAGCUUAACCUAAGAUAGAAACCACACCGCAAAAAAAGAAUUAGCCCUUACAGUUUAGGCUUACAAAAGUCUAGUAUUUAAAAUGAUCCUUUGGCAUGUUACCGACAGGCUCAGGCUCCUACAAAAUAUAGAUUGGUUACAUUAAAACUGAAUGUGAACAUAAAAACGGCUGUAAGAGGUCAGCGCCACUGGAUGCCUUUGGUUAUUUCUCAGUCAGAGUAAACAUGACUUAAGCAACACCCACAUUUUAUUGUUUGUUAUUAACUUUCAUUGGUUUACAGAAAUGGCUUACCUCAUUUAAAAAGGUAAUACAAGACAAAGACACAACUCCAGAAAUAUUACAGAUAAAUUAACUAAAACUCUUUAGUUUUGAAGAUGUAAUGUUCAUGUUGGACCAACGCUCAUAUGAGUCAAUUCUGGAAAAAGUUCAAACAAAUUUGGCUCCAUCAAGAAAGAGUUGCCUAACUUUUUAGAAAUAAGAUAAGAUGUCCCGUGUCACAUGACUAACAACAACCCAUCCAGCAUAGUAAUUAUUUUUCCAUUGAAAAUGAAGAGGGGCAAUUAAUUCCGUUGCAAAGAUCAACCGCAGAGUACACACAAGAGUGGGAGGACAUCUUAUCGGACCUUGUGUCACAGACUGUGAUUGCUCCUGCUGUGGAGACUUAGUCAUAAUAAUCCUGCGAAGAAGUUGCUCAGCUUGACCCGACACCCCUCGCUCCUCUGUCAACUUGGUUUUGACAUGCGGUAAUCUGUCACUUUGGGUGGUUCCCAUGGCGUGCGUUGUGUGGACACCGGUUUUAAUUAAAACACAAUGUUCUUUGGGACUGAUGGCUUCACUCUUCUUUUGAAAUUAAAUAUACAUGCAGCAUGCAAAUCAUAGACAGUGCCGAAGCCUCGCUGACCCUUUUAUUAUGCAUGUCACACAUAGCGAAAGUGGUGACUUUUAAAGUAGUUUAUGAGCUGUUACUAUUGAAUUGAUUAAUGGGUAAUAACCUGUUGUCUAACAAUGACUGCGUAAAGGUAUUAGUAAUGUUUCAACUAUUAAAACUGGAGUUUCUGAAUGUUUAUUGGGCAUCGAGAUGCCCAUGUCAUGUACUGACUUAAAAUGUACAUUCUGCAGACAUGAUGGAAUAUUCGGAAGUGCUAAAAAAGGAAAAGCAAUGUCUUUCUGGAAAGGAUGACAACCAGCUAAAUCAAAUCAAUGCAGGAGUUUUUAUUUACUACAUCAAAAAGGUGCUUAAUUUGUGUUUCCAAAUUGGGCUAUGAGAGAUAUUUGUUUGAAUUGUUUAUUAACCUGCUGGCUACUUUCUUGAUUGAUUGGUUUUGAACAAGUAAUCCGCAAUUUAAGACGACGUAUUCAAAUAGCUGGUUUUGUUCAACAGUGAAAUAUUUAUUUAAUUUCAAUUAUCAUAAAAAAUCAAACCCAAAAGUUUGAAAAUAUCAGACUUUUUUUAUAUAAUUAAAAACAUUUGUUUUGUAUAUCAGAAUAGUAGCUGACUGCUUGACUGAUCUAUUCAUUAAUUAAGUCAGUCAAUUUAUUGUAAAAAAAAAUGUAUCCUUUAAGUGGAGACCAUUUCUAAUCGCAGUAUGUCUGAUUAAAUGUCACAUAAAUCAAACAAUGUAAGAGCAGGAAACUCAGUACAACUUUAUUGCAAACGUUUUAAAUGCUUCCUGUAUGUCCAAGGUCCUGACUAGGAGCUGUCCGUGGUUCUGAAUGGGAGCUUGGACCUGACUAUGAACUCUCCUCUUUUCGAUUCAGUAUCGCUGUCCAUGGUGCUAAAUACGAGCGGACUACGAUGAUGAACAAUAGCGACUACAAAAGUAAUAGUGAAAAUGUCUUUGAUUGGCCCGCACAGUCUGAAUUUGAGAAACCGUCACGUGGAGGGUAAAAAAAUAUAUAUUUUUAAAAGUCUCGGGAGAAGAAAAAAAGUUUGUCUUUGCGUAUCUUUGCUCGUGAUGUCUAACCAACGUGAUGUCAUGUUAACAAACGUUUUUCUUUGUGCUCACCACUACAUCACUGCAUCACCGCCAAUGGGAUACUUGACAUGUCAUCGGGAUGACGUCAUUGCUGGCGUAGGGCUGCAGUUUGAUGGCUCCUACUAAACGAAUGCACUGGCAAUGGAUGAGCAAGACACGCUGCUGGUCCCACACUGCGCUCUGCUGACCUCCGCACACGUUCAUCGGUGCAGCCGAAUCUCUUAUCGCAGUUUUUACCUUCAGAGGAGUUCUGCCUGUUGUUGUUGUUUUUUCUUGCAGGUGUGUGGUGACCCUUUUUUAUUGUAUUAUUGACCCUAGGACACGAGUGGACACAGCAUGCUGUCCUCGCUGAAGACCCUGCUGCUGCUGUCGGUCCUGUGCGCGCCGACCUCCGGUCUGUGCUUGCGCCUCUACCGCACGCGUUACGACCUCGUGUGCGACGACCAGACGGCAGUCGGGGUCCGGAGCCCCUUGGACGGCUGGGGGUCCCUCCUGCAGUCCGCAGAGUAUCUCUCCUCCUCCUCAUCCUCUUCCUCCUCCUCCACGUCUUCUUCUUCUUCUUCCGCCGAAUCCAGCCGGGAGAAAAGGACUUCAAGUCCCGCGAACUACCGCUUCACGAGCCGAACGAAGCUCAGGGGCCAAAUGCUACGCAACAGCAGCAAAGCGGACCGCAGGAGCAGGCUGACCCUGUCCCUCGACGUCCCGACCAAUAUCAUGAACGUCCUCUUUGACGUCGCCAAGGCCAAAAACAUGCGCGCCAAAGCAGCCCAAAACGCGCGCCUGUUGGCGCAAAUCGGACGCAGGAAGUGAACGCGAUGGACCUCUGAGAUGUGACAGCCGUGACCAGUGUUGGCCUCCUCGUUACUCGAAUGUAAUGAAUUGCUUCGUAUUCACGUUUACAUUAGGCUAUUUGCAUUGAUUUGUUUCUCCGGGGGGAAGAUUUCUUUCCACGGAGGUAAAGAAAGCAUUUCCAAUAUAUUUGAGUUGCGCUCGUGUUAAGGGUGCUUUGAAAGUCGUCUCGCCAGAGAAACCUCUAUCCUGGACAAUAAAUAAUGUCAGCUAAUGAAACUCUGUGACUAAAAGUAUGAUGAUAUCUACAUUUUUGGAAAACUGAGCAUUCGAAUAGUGCAUUAUAGCUAAAAAUAUAUAUAUAUGAAAACUGUAACAUUAACGUUCUUUACCCUCAUUUGACUUUUAAAGUUGUACUCUGAUGGUUAAAACAUUCAUUUAUUUGGGGAUAAUACAUAUAUUCUUAUCUCUAUUGGAAAUAUUGAAGCAAAAAAUUGACUAUCUUUAUUAAAAGUUAAAUACAAUCAAGAGAAAUAUUUCAUUUGUAUCAAGAGGGCAACAACAAAUCACACGAUUUUGAAAUUGUCUUACCCUCCAGACGCCAUUCAAAUCUGAAAAGCUGCAUCAAAGCAAGACCAGCCGGUACAUUUUCUUUCCAAUGUUGGACUAAACAAAGCUGCUUCAUUUAUUCGUCUAUUGAGAGGUUUGCUUCUUCAGAGGUUCGUGGGAACCUUUAAUGAAUCCAAAUCCUACUGUGGAAAAUUAACGUGACAAAAACACAAAACUGAACAAUGACUCAGAUUAUGUAAAAUUAAGUUUACAGUAAAAUUGUGAAUGCAUGAGAUUAUAUGUUUUCAUCAGAUAUCUGUUAUUUUUAUACUCAAAAUAAAGGAUUAUUUUUCCGCAAAUAGA